CGAACAGCCAUGUCAUUGUUGGAGGCUGCACAGAAUGCCGACACCGCAUUUUCCAACAUCCCAGUGAUAGAUCUUGAGAACGUGUCCGAUCCUGCAAUCCGGGCAGCGUUGGCAGAUCAGGUCAGAGAUGCGUGUGUCAACGUCGGGUUCUUCUACGUCAAAAACCACGGCAUUUCGGAGCAGACGAUCCAAGGCGCAUUAUCUUCCAUGAAGGCAUUCUUCUCACUGCCGACGGAGAUCAAGAUGGAGCUGGACAUAACUAAGACCCCAAACUUCAAAGGCUACACUGCUGUGCUCAGCAGCAACAACGAUCCCUACAACAACGGCGAUAUGCACGAGGGCUUCGAAUUUGGCUGGGAAGCUCUCGACGCGUCAAAAGCCGCCAAUGAUCCGAAGCGUGCGAAGGAUGGAGUCAUGGCUGGUGCGAACGUGUGGCCGAAAGAAAUGCCGGGCUUUAGGGAGGCCGUCCUGGAAUACUACCAUGCGGCGGUUCAACUAGGAAAAGCUUUAUUCCCUCUGUUUGCCCUUGCCUUGAAUCUUGAGGCCAAUUUCUUCGACGAUAAGACAGAAAACGCAGCUGCUAUAAUGCGUGUUCUGCAUUAUCCGCCGCAGACAGGGCCUGUCGACGACCGUGUCAUUGGCAUUGGGGCACAUACAGACUUUGAGUGCUUUACCAUUCUCUGGCAAGAACCGGAAAUUCAAGCUCUCCAAGUCUUGAACACAGACCAGAAAUGGAUCGAUGCCACGCCUAUACCUGGUACACUGGUAAUCAACAUUGGAGAUCAGCUUGCUCGAUGGACCAACGACGUAUUCAAAUCGACAGUACAUAGAGCAAUCAACAGAAGUGGCAUACGUCGAUACUCCAUACCGUUAUUCUUCGGCACGGACUAUGAUGUCCAGCUUGAGCCAAUCCCAAGUUGUGUCAGCGACGAUCGACCUCCUCGAUAUGACGUUGUAACUGCAGGCGAAUACGUGAAAGAAAGGCUGAAGGCGGCAUAUGGCCACUAA